CAAAGGACCUAGCAAGCAAGGUGAAAUGACUCUCAUGUUCCUUUUGGGUUGAUUUUCUCUUUCUGCCCCUCAUGUUCUCUUCGACUAUCGGUCCUAAUGACCGAAUAGAAGACCAACCAACUAUCGGUAUCAUUGGCUUAGGAGCUAUGGGAAAGAUGUACGCGAUGCUCUUUGCAAAGGCUGGCUGGAAAAAGAUUCAUGUGUGCGACCGUCCAGAAAAUUAUGAGAUUAUUCGAGAAUGGUGCUCUUCAAAUAUUCCGACCGUGCAAGUUUCGAAGGAUGGUCAUGCUGUCGCCCGUUCAUCUGAUUUCAUGAUCUACUCUGUGGAAGCAGAGUUCAUAGGUCGUGUUGUCAAAGAAUAUGGGCCUUCCACUAAAAUGGGAGCUGUUGUUUCAGGCCAAACCUCGGUUAAAGCACCAGAAAAAGAGGCAUUCGAGAAAUUCCUUCCCCAAGACGCCCAUAUCAUCUCAAUCCACUCACUACAUGGACCAACUGUAUCCACAGUAGGGCAACCAUUGAUCAUAAUUAAUCACCGAGGUUCUGCUGAUGCCCUUUCCUUGGUAGAGAACCUUUUGCGCUCGUUUCGGUCGCGCUAUGUCUAUUUAUCGUAUGAGGAACAUGAUCUAGUCACUGCCAACACGCAGGCUGUCACGCACGCCGCAUUUUUGAGCAUGGGGACUGCAUGGGCGUCAGAGGGUUCCUACCCUUGGGAGCAAGGCCGGUACGUCGGGGGUAUCGAAACCGUCAAAGUCAAUCUUGCAUUGCGCAUCUAUAGCAAUGCUUGGCACGUAUACGCCGGCCUCGCUAUACUAAACCCAAAUGCUCGAGAGCAAAUCAAUCAGUACGCACAAAGUGCAACGGAAUUGUACAAAAUGAUGCUUGAGGCUGGUGGUGCUUUGUCGAACGGGAAAAGCGAUCAAUCCUCAGAAUAUGAUUCGGAAAGAGAGUCGAAACUGAGGCAGAGGAUCGAAUGGGCCCAGGGUGUCGUAUUCGGCGAUCCAUCGAAGACCAGAAACAGGAAGCCGAUUCUGCUAUCCGAGGACAUACUGGACAAAUUUUCGCUUGGACGUUCAAAUACUGUUUCAUCCGUUAUUCCAGACCCUUGCGCUAUGGAAACAGAAUCCUCUCCACGGAAGGCAAACUCUCAUUUGUCGUUAUUAGCCAUGGUUGACUGUUGGGCACAUCUCGAUAUCAACCCAUUUCACCAUCUAGAUCUUGCUGCUACACCGCUAUUUCGCCUUUUUCUGGGCGUAGCUGAACAUCUUUUCCUAAACCCAGCGCUCAUGGAUAUGACGAUACAGUCAGCUAUAUACGAUACCUGGCAUCGGGCAAAUGAUCUCGAGUUCGUGGUGGCUGCCAGAGGUUGGAGUCAGUGUGUUAAAUUUAUGAGUUUCGAGGUUUACAGGAAGAGGUUUGACGAGACACGCAUUUUUUUCGAGCCCCGAUUCGACGAAGCUGGGUUACUUGGGGGCGAGAUGAUAAAGGCUGUAAUGGCAAGUGACAUGGAUGCAAAGUCAACAAAAUCGUCGUAAUCGUCCGCCGCGGUAGACGGAUGGUCAUCGGUCAUCAUUGACGCGAUAAGUUAUGUACUAUUGGGGUGAGGAAUGGUAAUUUGUACUACUAGCUCUACAUAAGGUCACAAUGCCAAUUGGAUUGAGACUGAGUGU